CUAAUAUCAACUGAUAAAUAAUUUCAAUAUGUGAUCUUCUGUUGUUGGAUUUUCUUUACUUUAUUUUAGACAUAUUUGUACAAACUGAGCACCAAAGAAAGACAAAGAAACCAUUAAGGCAGCACUAUUUGAAACUUCAAAUGUGAAAAAUGGCGCGAAGAAGUUUAACGGGUUGUUCAUUAUUGAUAAGAGCUGCCCCUUGGGUCAUUGUUUUAUUUUGUCAUUUUGUCUUGGCGGGAAAAUAUGAAUGGAUGAAACGUGAUAAUUUUGACAUUAUUGAUGAUUUGUUUCAAGCAGUAAAAGGAUCAAAUUGUCGAAGUAAGUCAAAAAGAGAAAUGUUGCUUCGCCCAGAUGUAGUGUCGCAAAUUCCAAAGGCAAACCAACUGAAAAGUACAAUUAUUUAUAAAAAUCGAACAAAUCUUGUUCACAUGCAUAAUAUGGCUUUAAAUCGAGCUUAUUUCAUGAGUUACAUUUUACAGAAGAUGAAUGACACCGAGUUAUUUUACCAACAACCAAAUAUUCAUUAUCUUUAUAUGUCCGUAACGGCAGAUAUGAACGCCAAUCCGAGCAAUAUAAACGGAAGUUCUAUAGUCUUUGACAACAAUUGUUAUUAUCCAAAUUGGUUCGUCACUCUGGAUUUCAAUAACACAAUACCAUUAUUUGGCGUCAAAGGUUGGCGUUGGGAUGACACAUAUGACCAAGAUAACUAUUUGCGCGAGCCAACACGCCGAGCGGCAUAUGUUACGGACAUUGGCGCUGGUACCAAUAAAAAUUACACUACGGAUGGUUAUAAAAUGAACCCUUGGUAUAACUUCUGGUUACCUGAUACCGACAGUGCCCUCGAUAAAAGUAAAAAGUUUACAUUUGGUGUAGGAAUUAAGUAUUCAAAUGUCACCGGAAAGUUUACAAAUGAUAAUUUCGACAAUUUUAAUUUCUUUGGACCUAACUUACCAAAACAACAAAACUCGGACGAAACAUUGUUGCCAGUUCGCUUUACACAGCCCUAUUUUGAUUGCCGUGGGUCUAAGAAGUGGAAAGUUAGUGCUGUGGCUCCAAUAGUGGAUUUUAUGCCAAGAUAUUCUAACUGGACACAUUUAAGGAGACAGAGAAUAGUUGGCGUUAUUGUCAUGGAUACAGAUUUCCAAGAGAUAGACUUUAAUGCCUGUGGUACCAGUCCUGGUAACCCUGGACCCAGUUAUUUGUCUGGCAUUUCAAGAUGUAAAGGGCCUUCUACAGGGUGUAAACAUAAGAUGGGUUAUGGGCGCAGACGUGGAGGAUAUGUUUGUCAUUGUAAGAAUCCAUAUCGAUAUCCAAGAUGGAUAUCUCCUCCAUUCCAAGGUGAUGACGUAGAAAGAGCAACUGAUGAAGAAUACAAGAAUAACUUUGAAUGUGUUAAAGAUGGACAGCUUGGAGUGCUUCCUAUUGUCGACAAGACAGAACAGGUAGUCGUAGAAUUCGGCGUAGGAGAUAUUAAUGUUAGAAGAAGAAGAUCGGAAAACUACUUAAACGGGUCUGAACCAAAUGUAGUAAGCAGUCGAUCGCUAAAAUCCAUUAAUGUGGAUGAUGGCACGGGUAACAAAUAUUCGGAAAAAGCACAAAAAAAGUUUGAAAAAAGACAGCAAAAAGAAAAGCUAUCGCCAAUCCAUUUAGAAGAUAAGUUAAGAAAAAGGAGAAAGAGAACUGUUAACAGUGGUGAGAGAUCCGAGUUUGAUCAGAUGAGAUUUGAAAAAAUGAUCAGAAUUUUCCGUCAGAAAGCCAGUAUCAAUAAGGUUAGCUGUAGAACUUCAGCACCUAGUCUGUUACAUCUGCCAGGAGACGUUGCCUAUGGUGUAGACAGACAAUUUGAUUACCAAGGAAGAACAGCACUUAGACUAGCCCACUUUCUGAGUAAUUUCUUACAAAAUGUUCAAGCUAGUGACAACUUUGGUAAUCUAAGAGGCGGUGGACGAUUACACAUGGAACAAAUGUUUGGAGAGGUCAUUGCCAAUGUUAUGGCUGAUCAUAAAAUUCUUUCAUGUGGGCUUUAUUUCGAACCAUACACAUUUGAAAACCAAGAUGGUUCCAAAAGAGAAAUGUUUGGUCCUUUUGCUUACAUGCAAGAUGGUCGUGCUCUUGCCCUUGAUACUGCUGGUAAUCCCAGAAAAUACAUUUAUGAAGAUUUCUAUGUUAAGAUGAAAGCUAACUGGAAAACCAACUUUGAACACUUACAUACAUAUAAGAUGAGACCAAUGGUAAGAUACGAUCCCGCUGGAACCAGUCAGAUUCGAUUUGAAUACUUUCCCAUGCGAUACAAAGCACCAGAUUAUAACGAUGGACAAUGGUCACAUCCAUAUUUUAGAUGUGACGGUAUGGUGGAUGAGUGGAUCAUGACAUAUUCUGCUCCAUUCUUUAAAAAGAACUACAUCUCCAAUAAGAUAGAGUUCGCGGGAGUUAUAACAGUAGACGUACCACUAGACAAACUCGAAGUGAACCAGUGUCCACAACCAUUCCAUGUUGCCAACGCAUUCAAAAAUACAGCUAGAUGUCAUACAAAGUCUACAAAGUGUAAACCACAAGCAGGCUUCAAGUUUUCGCGAGGAGCAUACCGAUGUGAUUGCAAACAAGGACAUGAGUAUCAAAUUAGAGACGGUAAAUUCUGGAUUGAAGGUUCUCUGAUUGAACUUGAGUAUGAAAAGAAACAAAAGAAACUGUUCAGCAGAUUUGACCAGUUAAUCUGCCGUAUAUCUGGAGCUCCUAGAGUCAUGGGAUCAUUUACUACGGCAUUCGUAGUUACUAUGUACAGUCUUGUAAUGCUACAUUUGUGAGGUAUUCAACGAAAAGUGCUAAAAAAACAUGUCAAGAAAUAAUAUCUAUUAUGGCAACAUUGUAAUACACAACUGUGUAGUGAAACUUUAAAUCGUAAAAGGAAAACUAAACUAUUCAGGAAAAGAUUUAUAUGAUGAUGUAGACAGUGAUUUUAAAAUAUAACUUUGUUUAUUAUUUUGCAGCUGGCUGUAAUAAAAAAAUAUUUUCAUUGUUCAUACUUUUUGUAUACCAACAUAUUCAUAUCACAAUUUUAUUUUAUAGUCAUGCAUGUGUACAUAUUUUAAUUGCGUCAGAUAGUUACAUCUACUGUGACCACUGUAAGUUCGUUUUUUUUUUGUAUCCAUAUAUUUCUAAUAACGAUUAUAAGAGACAAGUUUAACAAUCUAAAAGGACAGAAGCAAAUGUUUCUAGCAAUACAAUGUAUUUAAUGAACACCCGCAUUCAAUCAAGUUCGAAACGUAGCGUCUGUUAAUUUUUAUUGUGUAUUUUACCAUUAUUUAGACUGUUCCUGUCCUUAUUUUGCAGUUUCGUUUGCUUCAAUAAAUUUAAUUGAAUUUAAUUAAAACAAAUAAUUGGAAUCAUACAAAUUAUCCAAAUAUUUUGACCGGAAUGCAUAUUUUUUCAUUACUCGCUUUCACCAAUGUAUUUUGUCCUUUAAUUUGGGAAUAAUAAUCAUAGAUUUCUCUUUCAGGUA